GAAAGGUUUUUGACGUAUUAUAUUCUUUAGAAUUAAUUCUAUUGAAUUGAACUAUUGUUAACCAUUUUUGGAGUACUCAGUUACUCAAGCUCGCAUAACAAUAAAGAACAUGAAAUCAUUAAGUAAAUAUUUUUAUGCCACUAUGGUUGCAAACAAUCUGACAAAAGUAUGUCUCAUUCUUCAAAAAAGAUUAAAGUGAACACAUGUCUGAAUCAGAAAUACGAUGGACAGCGAUGAAGAAGAUGCUAUUUCCCAAACUCAUGGGACUUUGGAUAGUUCUUUACCAUUUGAAGAACUGGAGUAUGAUUUAUCACAAGCCAGUGAGGCUGAGUGUUGUACAUUUGCUGUUGAGCUACUUGAUAUUUUGAAAAUCCAAAAUGACUAUAACAAUGAAAAUUGUUUACAAGCAUUAGACACCAUGAAGCAGAUGUAUAAUACUGUUAUGCCUUAUAUCCCAAGUGUCUGCAGUGAACUGAAUAGCAACAGAAUGCCGAUGCAGAUGCUUAAGCAGCUAAAAUAUUUUGAACACUUUAACCUACUCAAGAAUAACAAAGAUGAAGAUGAAGAAGAGGAAAGUAUGUGGACUGGUUAUUCAAAUACUUUGGACAUUCUGGUAAAUUACAGCUCUCCAUGGAAUGGUGGUCACGACAGUCUGGCUUCAGGAUUUGCCAAAAGCGGAGUCAUCAAGAAGCUAUUAUCAAUCAUAACUGUUGAAGAGUAUAUCAAUAGUCUUGACAAUGAGCUUGUCAAGGAAGUGAUACAAAGCUGCCUCAUUACACUCUACAAUGUGGCUAUACGACCAGAGACACGCUAUACAUACAGACAGAACAAUGCUAAAGAUAGAAUCAAACCAUUCACGAGUGACAGUGAUGUACAUAGUGGUUGGAGGACUGUCAGUUCUCUUCUACAGGCCUUCAUACUAGAUGAAGUAGAUUUCAAGCAUUUAGGUACCUCUCGUGACACGAUUUUUGAAGUGGCAGAUAAAUUAAAAGAUGCUGUUGAUACAUAUGACCGAAAAGCAAAUAGAUUUAGUACCCAUGAGUUAGCUUUUAGUCUUAGUGCAUUGGCUGUGAAUGAUGAUAACAAGAAAGUCAUACUGGAAGCAGGAGCUAUACCAGCCUUGGUAACGAUGAUGGAGGCUGGUGAUGAUGAUGAAAAGAAAUUGGCUGCCCGAGCUAUUUGGACAAUGUCUUUUCAUGAAGAGAUACGCCAUCAAAUACGUGGAGUUGAUGGUUGUGUUACUGCUCUAGAAGAAUUGUCUGAAAGUUGGAACAGUGAUGUUAAACGUGCAGCACUGGGGGCCCUAUGGGAGAUUAAUGAAAAAGGCAAUGAUUAUCCUGUAGAUAUUGAAAAUGAGCAGGGACAUAUCAUGAUAAGCUACAAUUGGAGACAAGAUAAAGAAAAAGCAAGAAAAAUUAACACUGAAUUGAAAAACCGUGGCUAUAAAACAUGGAUUGAUAUAGAACAAAUUAAAGACUCAACGUUAGAUGCUAUGGCGAAGGGUGUAGAACAAUCGAGAAUCGUCAUAAUAUGCUACUCAGAAGGAUAUAAGGAUAGUCCUGCAUGCCAAACUGAAGGUAGUUAUGCCCACUCCCAGAAGAAGGAAAUUUUAUUUCUCAAAAUGCAGCGGGACUACAAGCCAGAUGGCUGGCUGGGAGCCAUGCUUGGUGAUAAACUAUUCAUUGAUUUCAGUGGGAAGUAUCCAUUUGAGGACAAAAUAAAAGAACUAGUGGCUUAUAUUAAGAAAACUGGAAUGGAUUCUUUGAUGCCAGUUGAAAAUGAAAAAAAUAAGCUAAAGGGCAAACCAGUAAAAUGGGACAAAACACAAGUUGCAAGCUGGCUCACCGAAAUUGGUCUGAAAGCUAAUAUUGGUCACUUUGGCAGUCAUGAUGGCAAAUUGUUAUCACGCCUUGCUAGCAUUCGUGCUGAAGCACCUGAGCAUUUUUACAAGUGCCUCAAACGUGACUAUGGACUUGACAUGAUGGGUAGAUUGAAGUUUGUAGAAGCACUUGAAGAAGUUUUUCCAAUUGUGGAGAAACAAGUUCAGCACAAAUCUCGUUCUUGCACUAUGUUGUAAAUCUAUAAUGACAUACGUUCUUAAUGAACUCAAAUGAAGAGCUAACCUACUCCAUGAGCUUCUUUUGAAAGCCCAUGCCUACUUUACGAAUUUCUUUUUCUACGUAUGAAAGUUUAGAACUGAUUAGUUUUUGGGCAGUCUGUGUAAAUGUUACGGUAGCUAUUUGGAUUUUUUAUCCCAAAAACUGUCUAUUCUAUUUUAAGGCUGCGAUUCUGUUCACCCUGCAAUAAUUGAAAAUUUCUGUUAUUUUCAGAUAAAUGUCAAGGAGGAUUGGCUCCCAGGAUCGAGAUUCAAUAUUUUCCAACAAUGAAAACAUCGGAAUGACGUUAUUUUCUGAAAUUGUAAUCGACUAUUAAUUCAAAUUAACAGUUCAAAAGAUUCAAACCAAUAUCUCAAUCAUUUCUUGUGAGUUUUGGAAUUUUUGGUUAGGAUAUAAGACCAAAAUUCACAAUUCAAAUGUUGAAGUGAACAAAAUGGCUGCUGUUUGAAUUCAAAUUUUAUAUCACAACAUAUCCAUAUAUGGGAAUGGGACAGAAUAUUGAUGUUGCACUCUGGGGGCCAAUCUUCCUUGGAUAAACAUCAUGGUCAUUUUUAUCUGUACAUAUUUUGUAAAAGAAACUUGUAUAAAAUGUAUAUGCUUUAGUAGAAUAGCGAUAGAUUGUCAAUAAAAAGAAACAUGCA